UCUUCUCACCCCACGCAACACAACACCACAAUCACCAACAAGACUGCGAAUAAGAUGAAGACGUCCUGCCUCACCAUCGCCGCGUUGACCCUGGCGAGCGCGGCCGACGAGAAGCGCGACUGGCGCGCCGAAGGCGACCAGAAGAUCAGCGACCUCAAGAAGCAGUACGAGCACAUCUCCACCGACGAGGCCCGCAACGUUAUCCUCUUCAUCGCCGAUGGAAAUGGCGUCAACACCAACUACGGCACCCGUCUGUUCCAGGGCCAGAUGAACGGCGGCUACGGGGACGAGUUCGAGCUCUCCCAUGAGAAGAUGCCCUGGGCCGGCCUGGUGAAGACGUACAACGUGAAUGCACAGACCCCCGACUCUGCUGGCACAGCGACUGCGAUGAACACUGGCCACAAGACCAAGGCGGGGGUGAUCGGCGUUUCCGAGGACGUGAUCCGUGGAGACUGCUCCACCCUGCCCGGCAACGAGCUGGAACUUAUCGCUCAGCAGGCGAAGGCAAUGAACAAGAAGGUCGGCGUCGUAUCUUCCGCCCGCAUCACCCACGCCACCCCAGCCGGCGUAUACGCGAGAAGUGUCGACCGCAAUUACGAAGCAGAUGUGCCCGAGGGAUGCACGGAGCAGGUCGACAUCGCGCAGCAGCUCCUCCUGUCGAUGGUGGGAGACGACGCCUGGGUUGAUUUCGCCGCGGGCGGUGGCAAGGCUAACUUCUAUAACGCCACUGAGCUCGACGCGAUGGGAGAGUCCGGCAACCGCGUGGAUGGUCGCGAUCUCAUCGCCGAGGCUAGCACCGCCGGCGUCAUGACGGCGCAGACCAAGGACGAGUUCAUGGCCCUCGACUUCGAAGACGGGGAGGGAAAGGUGCUCGGCUUGUUCACCGCGAGCCACCUGAGCUACGACCACGACCGACUCUCCGAGGGCGAAAGUUCCCACGAGCCGUCCAUCAUGGAGAUGACCAAGGCCGCCAUCGAGUUUCUUUCCAAGAACCACGACGGGUACUACCUGAUGGUUGAGGCUGGCCGAGUUGAUCACGCCACCCAUGCCGGAAACAUGCACCGCACGUUCCAGGAUGGAGUUGCGUAUCAAGACGCGGUUCAGUACGCCAUGGAUAACACCGACCCGGCCGAGACCCUCAUCAUCUCUACCGCCGACCACGGCCACGCGAUCGCCUACAACGGCUAUUGCGGACGCGGCUCCCCCGUGACCGGUCUGUGCAUGGAGAUUGAUCCGACGGCCACGAUGCACAUGGGAGUGCCUAACUAUGCCUUGGACGGAUCUACUUACACGGUCGUUUCCGUCGGCAACGGACCCGGCUCCAUCCUCUAUGAGGGCGAUGAGGAGGAGGCGGGCCCUAACCUGGGCGAGUUGUCCGAGGACGGUGUGUUCAUGCGACCAAACGUGACCAAUGAUGAAGCCACCGACCCCGACUACGUACAGCAAUCGCUCGUGCCUUUGAGUUCCGAGACCCACUCUGGCGCUGACGUGGCCGUGUACGCUCAGGGCCCGUGGUCGCACCUUAUGGUCGGCACUGUGGAACAGACCCACAUCUACGACGUCAUGUGGUACGCCAUGACCCAUGGAUAGACUCAGCGCUCUGACCCAUGGAUCAACUCAGCGCUCGACGGUCGGGCUGUUGUUAAAAUUUUGGGUUAACAUUUUUUGGAGUGGUGUCCGCCUGUCCAUGCCAACUGAUUGGGAGCACAACGCUCCGUUUAUUAUUUUGAAAGUGAUUCCCAGUACAGCUCUCAAGGACUCAAGGACAUACAUAGUCUAGACGGCACAGGAAUCCUUUGGAAAGAGUGCUUCCGCAGAAUGAUUCUGUCGGGUAACCGCCGUAAAUAUGGGUUUUCUUGUGGCGCGCCGGUUUUCUGUUGAACUUUGCUUUGUGUACAACACACUUCUUGAGGACUUUUGAGAGUAGUUGGAUGGGCGCAGCAGCUGGGGACAACGAGCAACCGGCAGCAGCCUGCUGCACCAGGGUUCGAGACCAACUGCAACGUUAUCGACGUCGAGAAUUUCAAUUAUUUCGGGCUAUGUGAUAUUUGUACGUUCGUCCUAUAAUUUACGACCUCACACAUGGUUCGUUUCCGAUUGGCAGUUUCCAUUGUUUGUUGUCGAUUGGCGGUAUGAUAGGGUUUGGUAGUCUUCGUUCUUCCGUCCCUUCUUGCAUUAUUUUCCUAUCUAUGUAUGUCUUGCACACAACUGUCCUUUGCAAGGCCCGAGCAUGAGAGUCCUUCUGAGAGGAAUAUUAUUCUUUUGAGCCAUGUGAGCGUGCGUUUUGCCAUUCAUUUCGCGGCGGUGCUAGCCGUGGUUUUCGGGGUUUGUGGUUACCUUUCACCCUCUCCGACCCUAGGAUCCGCCUCUGGUCCGUUUUGUUUCGUGGACUUCUUUCAGGGUGGUGGUGGGGGAGAGGGGGGGGAGAGAGAGUUGAUACGACAGCUCGUGUUGAUUCACAGGUACCGUAGUAUUGAUGUAUCGAGAGAGUUUAGGUAGGCAGUAUCCAUUUUUUUUCGCCGUCUUGUUGGAUUUGCUCGUCGUUUGUUGCGUAAUUCCUUGGUUCACCACGUAUCGUACCUUUAGAUGUACUGUUAAACAGCAUCAGGAAUACAUGUUCUCACACCUUGCGUCGCAAAAGAGCUCAGCAUUUGGCCCGCGACAGUCGGAAUCAGUAGCAUUUGGUGGUCUCAUAUCCGAACGCGAGUGCCGCACGCACCAUAGUAGCCUACUCUGCCAGCCCUCCAGUGCAUGCCAACCUGUAGCACCGUCCACCUCACAUCAGAUGUGUUUGGGCCAGGAAUAGGGUAUGAAAAUAGCUGCCCGUGUGCCCACGGCUGCUUCUUUCCUAGUUGAUUUUUUUUCUUCAAGUGCCGUUUGUGUCCUUGUUUGUGUACGAUGGCGUCACACGAAGAAACGCACUACUACAAUUGUUCGUAGGGAGGAGUACUGCAGAAGACUCCGAAAUCCCCUCUCGUUUCAAGUGCCGUUUGUGUCUUGGAACGAUGGCGGCGUCUCGAGCUGAGCAUGGGUAUCGGAAAGAAGGUGGUACAAAUAUGUGCUGUUGUCUUCAC